CCCGAGGCUCCGCGCAUAGACGAGAGCCGCUGUUUCCAAUUCACCAUUGCUAACAGCCAUUUCAUUUAGGUCAUUUCUAGUUUUCAUUAUUUAUACAAUGACUGAGGAUGGAUUCCGAACGACUUGACAUGUCCGUGAAAGACCUGGGAUUUGGGAUUUAUCACCGCAAACAAUGAAUCGUUUUUUCAAUCCCAUCAAAGACCAAACCAGACGGGUGCAUUUUUAAAUAUAUAGGGCGCCUACAGACACAGUGUACAUAUUUUCAAAAAGGAUGACUGCACUCUGAACGGAGUCCGCAUAUUGGCCUACAGUUGAAUAUGGAAGCGGAUGGGUUAUCACUGAAAGUAUAAAAUCACAGGAGACUAGAAUGGUCGAAAAAAGGCGUCUCUUUUUUUGAUGGAGAAUCCAACAAGCAGAGCAAGACCCACAAUAAAAGCGUGAUGUUCUGUAAUAUGAACACCGUUAUUUUCAAAAUUGAGAUGCGUUUACCAGUGAUAGGAUCCAGUUGAUGACACCGAGAAAUAAGUAUUUGAAAACAGAAAAGAUUGUCAGAAUUGGAAUUUACCCAUUUGUUCUAUUCUGUCAGUGUGAUGGGAAUGUAUUGCUGAACAUUGGGAGAGCUUUAUGGAAAACCCGAAGACAUGACAUGCACACGAAAAAAGAGGAAACGAUCCUUUUUGUUCUUUAAAACCUGUGUUUAUUUAAGAAGUCUGCAACAGGCUUAAUUGACGGGGGAGCCUUGCAAAAGUAAAAGUAUACGUGCAUUAAGAUCUGAUUCUACUGAGGUGACAAUACCCUGUAUAAAUUAUGUUUUCAGUCAUUUAAUUGUGAAGGAUGUCGACAUUCAUUGUGGAUUAUAUUUGGAAUUUAUGCUCGUUUUGUUGACCCCUCUAUGCCAUUUACUGUUGCUUUACCAUGAUCUUUGAAUCAUUUUAUAUUUAAUGUGGACUGCAACAAGCGGCCUAGAAUAAAAUCCUAAGCCUUUGUCUCGAGGACAAGCAUAAUAAAUAAGGAGCUGAAGCUGUGAGAAGAGGCACGAGAGAUAGAGCUACAGGAAACAAGGGGCUUAGUGAAAAAUGGGGCAAUGCGGACUGAAGCGCUCCGGUUCCAUGUGAGAUCAAAAGGAGAGGCAACCACGAGGACGAACAAAAGGGCAGCUGGAGGAGGAGGCGGAGGAGGAGAGGGAGAAGGAGGAGUGGAUUUCAGGAGAGAAGAGGGCAUAACCUGGGAGACAAAGGGAUGGCCAAUGGCAACGAGACCAGUGAGGGGCUUGGCGGUCCCCUGGCGGCGGUGGUGGCCACGACGGGAGGGAUGGCAGUCGGGGGCCCAUCGUCAGCUGUGUCCACCUACAUCAAACUGGUCCUACUGGGGCUAAUCAUCUGCAUCAGCCUGGUGGGGAACCUGGUGGUGUCUCUGCUGGUCCUCAGGGACCGGGCCCUGCACAAGGCCCCCUACUACUUCCUGCUGGAUCUGUGCCUGGCCGACACCAUCCGCUCGGCCGUCUGCUUCCCCUUCGUGCUGGUGUCCAUCAAGAACGGCUCGGCCUGGACCUACAGCGUGCUCAGCUGCAAGGUGGUGGCCUUCAUGGCCGUGCUCUUCUGCUUCCAUGCUGCCUUCAUGCUGUUUUGCAUCAGCGUGACGCGCUACAUGGCCAUCGCCCACCACCGCUUCUACUCCAAGCGCAUGACCUUCUGGACGUGCGUGGCGGUGGUGUGCAUGGUGUGGACGCUGUCAGUGGCCAUGGCCUUCCCACCUGUCUUUGAUGUGGGCACCUACAAGUUCAUCCGCGAGGAGGAUCAGUGCAUCUUCGAGCACCGCUACUUCAAGGCAAACGACACACUGGGCUUUAUGCUGAUGCUGGCUGUGCUGAUCCUGGCCACGCACGUGGUCUACAUGAAACUGCUGCUCUUCGAGUACAAGCACCGCAAGAUGAAGCCCGUCCAGAUGGUGCCUGCUAUUAGCCAAAACUGGACCUUCCACGGGCCUGGCGCCACCGGCCAGGCGGCAGCCAACUGGAUCGCAGGCUUUGGUCGGGGCCCCAUGCCGCCCACCCUGCUGGGCAUCCGGCAGAACUUGCACAACCAGAACCGGCGCCUGUUGGGCAUGGAGGAGUUCAAGGCGGAGAAGCAGCUCGGCAGGAUGUUCUACGUUAUCACCCUGUUGUUCCUGGUGCUGUGGUCACCCUACAUAGUGGCCUGCUACUGGCGGGUGUUUGUCAAGGCCUGCACCAUACCGCACCGGUACCUCUCCACCACCGUAUGGAUGAGCUUUGCCCAGGCAGGGGUAAACCCUAUUGUCUGCUUCUUCCUCAACAAGGACCUGAAGAAGGGGCUCCUGGCACACCUGCCAGCCAGCUGUAGGACUAAACCUCAUCUGCCCCGAGAGCCUUAUCGCGUCAUGUGAGGGGGACGGUGGGCGGUCGUUACCUGGUGGGGGUGGGGGUGUGGCAGGGAUGUCUGGGAGUUGUUUGGUUGGCUGAGGGACCAUUUGAGUUGUUGUGGCCUUUGAUUCAGUGCAAGAUGAUUUAAAAAGGGUGGGUGUCAGUCUGGAACUGUUGAAGAGGUUAAAAUUUCAGAAUUCCAUUCACCUCCAUGUGAUGUAUCUGGGUUUCUCCUUGUCAGAGGAGAGGUAUUUCAAGCUCAUUUGGGAUGUUCUAAAUUGUUUUUCUAAAGUCUUAUUGGGGGAUUAUUAAACACAGUAACAGGCAUGUGGUUGCUGCAGUGUAGAAACCAUGAAACCAAUUGUUGGUCUAAAAUUAUUAUAGAAAGAAUGUAUGAUUUCCACAUUUUAUUAUCAAACCAAAAACACCUUUGACUUCAGCUUAUAGAUUUGGAUUCAUUUUUAGAUCAGUUACAUUAAACUGCUAACUGCCAUUUUUUAAAUAUUUUUUAAAAAUAUAAAUGGCCUUCUCCACACAGAAAGAAUAGGAGACUGAACCAACAACAAAAGUGUCCAUCUCAGAUGCAUGUAUGUAUUCUUACUUUUAAUGUGGAACAAAUAUGAAACUGCUUCCUUCAACUGCUUUAAUCAAAGGCAUCAGUCAAACAUACAAAACAUGAGUUUUGUACGAAUAGCAUAUUCAGGCACUCUCACGGGUUUAUGUGGUGUUUCUCAGAUGAAUUAUUAUGUUUAUUUAUUUGUCCACCUUGAGAUCUACAUUCAUUUUGAUGAUUUGAACAACUAAUACCCUUGAAAGAAAACAUGCAAGAUUUAGUGAAGUCGGCGGAAGUAGAAACUGACAAGAGGCUAUCAUAGAAAGUCAGCAAGAGUUAUUCUGGCAUGGUCAUACGUUACGAAAAUGUGCAAGUAACAUUCUCAUUUGGUCUAACGAGCACCUCAAAUCAGCGAACAAUAGGAGAUGGGGAAAAAACGUGUUAACAAGAGCUGCCGUGGAGAAAAGUUUGAUCUUGUGUUCGUUAGCGUUGAACAGAAAUGAGCAGAUACUAAUUGUGAAGUGCAUGUUUAGGUGAUAUUUGUGUUAUCCCAUGAUUCCUGAGGAUAACUUUUAAACAAAACAAUGCCCCAAUCAAGGACAAACUAUGAGAAUCUGAGUCCAUUUUAUAACAGAAAACCAAUGAUACAUUGACAGAAAAUGCUCAGUGCUCUUUCUAAAUUCCUGUUGCUGCAGGUGGUAUUGUUACAGAUGAUUGAACACCUUGGAAAUCUCGCAAAUUGUUUAAAAAGACAGUUGAUAGUAAUGUUCAUAAAAGCUAAAUCAGAAUGUUUAUAUCUUCAGAUAGGAUAAAGUUAUUUAUAUUUGAUGACAUCAUCACUUCACACGAAGGUCUUGGAAGAGGGGUGGGGGGAACUUGCCCAUUUAUGUUUUUGCACAUUGGAGUAUGAUAAAUCAAUAGUUUUUUUCUUAACAUGAUUUAGAAUUGAACCAGAGUGCUAACCAGGUGUAGGCCAGGACACAGAGAAUGUAAUAUUUUAAGUGAAUGUCAAGGAGAGGUUUGGAACAUGAUACUAUCCCUUUGUGGGUACAACUGUAUGUUUCUUUUGGUUUUCUAAUUGUCUACUGUUGUCUGCAAACAAUAACAAUGACACAAACUAACAAUAACAGUGAAAAAGCAACAUAACUUUGAAUUGUUAUUUCUAUUAUCUGGGUUAUGGCCUUACUCUGUAAAAGAAAAAGAAAAAAAGGUUUGUUUCUAACCAAUGCAAGGAAGAGUUGACAGCUGUAUGCCUCUAUGUGUUGAAGUAAUAAACAUCAAGGGAUUAUUCCAACUAAUGGGGAAACACAACACUGUGUAAUUCAUGACUUUCGGUGGGAACACAUAACUCUCCCCCUCGCAACCUAAAAGUAAAAGCUCCUGUCAAAAACUUUAACAAGGAUGGUAUUAGAGAAAAAACACUUGCCAAAUUGUAACACUGGAGUGUACAAAGGACAGAGGAAACUUUAAUCCAAAAUGGACAAUUAAUGGAAUUAACAAAAGCCCUUCCUGGAUUAUUGUGGAUUUCUUUCAGAAUUUUUGUUGUUGUUUCUUCUCUUAUCAGUGGGAGGGGAUGAGUCUGGUGUUGUGUAUUGAUCUG